GGUGCUGUCAAAAAGCAAUACAUUUGUUGCUUCCUCCUCGAAAGAAAAAAAAUAUGAAUUGAACAUUGAACCCCUGCCGGUCGACGCACAAUUGUGCCAUCCGACGAACAUCCACAUAUACAUUGUUUUUAGAAUUGUUAUCAUUUAUUAGAAUGGCAGAACACGAAGUGAAAGACAAUAACCUCUUGGAUCGAGAAAAACUAGUUGAUACAGCUGUUAAAUUUUUGAAAAAUCCCAAAGUAUCCAACAGUCCAUUAAAAACGAAACAAGAAUUUCUUAGGAGAAAAGGUUUGACGGAAGAAGAAAUAACGAGAGCUUGCGAGCUAGCAGGAAGUUUUGUGAAAAAUGACCACAAUCUUCUAUCCCUUCCCAAUGAGCAUACAUCAAUUCCCAUGCCACAGAGCCAAAUUUAUCCGUACUAUCAUCAACAAGUCUUCCAGCCUACUCUAUUCACCAAGAUCAAAGAUGCUUUCAAUGUUGCUGCAUUGGUGGGAACAACGAUCUACUGCGUCUACUGGUUUUACAAGAGGUUCAUUGAGCCGUUCUUUUUUGAAAGAAAAAAAAAAGAUACCAUUCAAGAUUCGGUAACAGAACUCGACAAAACUAUACAAAAUACUAUGAAAGAAAUGAAACAAUCCAUCACCCAAAUCGAAGCAAGUGUCAAGCAAGUUUCACAGAGACAAUCUGCAGAUUCUUGUAUUCCCAUUUUGGUUCAGGAGUUGAAACAGGAUCUAGCUAGUCUUAAAGGACUUUUACUAGCCAGAAAGCAAUUUCCAAGUGCUCCACAGUCAAUACCAGCAUGGCAAUUGGAUACAUCGAGUCAAAGUCAUCAAGGAAAGUCAACGGAAAGGGAGGAUGACGCAGGUAGUGGAAGCAGCACGAACAAUUCGGAUAGUUCUCUAGAAAUGAUCCGUGAGGAUCGUCCUAAAGAAUAAACACUCUCAGUGAGGUAUCUAAGAUAAAUAAUUUUGAGAAUAGAAAAAAAGUCUUCAUCUAUUUGUCAUUAGUUUUUAUUUCCAUGGAGAUAUGGUUGAAUCUUUUUUUUUAUUUAAAAGGGGUAUUUGUGUACUUUUUGAGAGAUCGCAUUUUCUGUCAAUUUGAAUUGCCUGUCGUCACACGGCAGUGAAAACGAAGGGAUUGCGAAGAGUUGAACAUUUACCUGUUUUUAAUAAAACGAUUUCAUACUGUA